CCUUUUUAUUUGAGCAGCGGCGGAGCGGAGCGAAAGUGAGAAGUGAGGGUGGGCGAUGGGGAGUUCCAACACGGGUGGAGGGGACGGGGACGGGGACGGGGACGAGGACGAGAGCCCGAUGGAAGGGGGCGGAGAGGCGAAGGCCGACCCCUCCGCCUCCGACUCCCCCGCCGCCGGCCUCUUCUCCGAGGGAGAGAAGGUCCUCGCCUACCACGGCCCUCGCAUCUACGAAGCCAAGGUUCAAAAAGCUGAGCCACGAAAGGAUGAAUGGAGAUAUUUCGUCCAUUAUCUUGGUUGGAGCAAGAAUUGGGACGAAUGGGUUGGGACCAAUCGCUUGAUGAAAUUUACUCUUGAAAAUGUCCGCAAGCAGCAGGAACUUGCAAAGAACCAGAGUGCUGACAAAAUUCCAAAGUCAGGGCGAUCAACACAAAAUAAGCCAAAAGGCUCCAAUGAUGCAAAAGCUGAUAAAGAAGAUCUGAAGAACCAUUCGGCAAAAGGAAAGAAGCGGAAGCCUCAGUUUGGUAAUGAGGAGAAAGACACAAAAUCAGUAGAAAAGCUUGUGAUAUUACAGUUUCCUUUGACUCUUAAGAAACAGCUGGUUGAUGAUUGGGAGUUUGUAACUCAACUGGGUAAGCUUGUCAAGCUUCCUCGUUCCCCAAAUGUUGAUGAUAUCCUAAAGAAGUACCUUGAUUACCGGAUGAAAAAGGAUGGCAUGAUUGCUGAAUCAGUUGGUGAGAUACUAAAAGGGUUACGUUGUUACUUUGACAAGGCGCUGCCAGCUACGCUUUUGUAUAAAAAAGAGCGUCAACAAUAUCAAGAAGCAAUUCAUGAUAAUAUCUCUCCUUCAACUAUCUAUGGUGCGGAACAUCUACUGCGCCUUUUUGUCAAGUUGCCUGAAUUACUUGCUUAUGUCAACAUGGAAGAUGAAUCACUGGCAAAAUUGCAGCAGAAGCUGGUGGACUUUCUCAAGUUCCUGCAGAAAAAUCAGAGCUCCUUCUUCCUUUCUGCAUAUGAUGCUUCCAAAGGCGUGGUAGAUGACACAGAUACCAAAUAGAACUUACCUGGCGGCAUGUGUUGGCUGUUAUGCACAGUUACUCGACAGCUCAUAGUGUCCCAAGUAAAAAUUAUGAAGUGUGAUUUUGCCUUUGCUAUCAAUUCUUGAUGUUCUGACAUUUAAGCAUGUAGCGGUCUCACUGAAUGUACAGAUGCUGCCUAAUUUUGAGAUCUUGGUAGCUUCACUAGAAAUCUUUUUAUGCUCAACUGGGAGGCAUUGCUAGAAAUGAGAUUAGAAGAGAGGCAUGAUAUGUGGAAUUUGGUGAGCUACUUGCACUGUGGUGGCAUAAAAAAAAAAUGCUCUAGUAGUAUUUGUGAUUGGAGCUUCUUUCAUGUAGAAACUUAGUAUGUAAGAUGCUUUCAAGAGCACUUUUUCAC